AAUGAAUCAUCGUGUAGGAGGAAAAAAGGCGUGUAAUGUUCUAUUAUUUUCAGUCACGCUCUGGUUCACACAACCAUCCUAUGUCUAGCACUUGUAGUCUGUGAUACAUAUGAUUCUCUAUCUCUUGUUCCGUUGAUAUGUUAUGUUCUUUUCAAUUUUGGUCCGUGUUUCCUGUCAAUGUGAAAAACUUCUACCACCAAAAAAACAGAAUUUUUGGAAGAAUUUCCAUCAAAUUUUCGAACGAUGUCCUCAUUGAACGAUAGCAAUGACGUCUAUUCACAAAAUUACAACGCUACAUCUGGCCUGUCUGGAGGAGAGUUCAAGCCAUUCUCUUCACCCUAUCUAAACUUUGAUCCGGGGUAUAUACCGCAAAAUCAACCAGAAUUUAUAUUCCUGGAUGGUGGUAGUAAACAAAGAGGCAGAUUUGAGUUAGCCUUUGGCCAAAUCGGAGGAUCAUGCAUGAUAGGGGCAGCAAUGGGAGGAGUUAAUGGAUUUUACAAUGGACUGAAAGCUACAGCUGCUGCAGAACAAACAGGAAAACUCAGAAGAACACAGUUGUUAAAUCAUAUUAUGAAGAAAGGCAGUGCUACAGCUAACACAUUUGGUUCAGUAGCUGUAAUAUACUCAGCUUUUGGAGUUAUCUUAUCUUGGGUCAGAGGGACUGAUGAUGAUCUAAAUACAGUGGUCGCUGCUACUGCCACAGGAUGUCUGUAUAAAUCCACAGCUGGCUUGAGAAGAUGUGCUUUAGGAGGAGUAAUAGGUCUAAGUGUUUCUGCACUUUACGCUUUAUGGAACAACAAAGAAAGACUAUCAUCUAUGCGGCAGUUUAAUCCAGCGUAAGCUUUACAGCUAGUACUUUUUCAUCAAUUUCUCAUAGAUAGGCUCAUGAAAUAUGAAUUAGGAGACUGCGCAAUUUUAAUGACAAACAUUUGCAGUUUCUCAAAUUCUGAUAGUUGUUUAACGUCUAAGUAGUGUUACAUCAGAGUUUUUUAUGCUGCCUGUCUUUAUUUAGCAAAAAACUUACAAAAAUUAGGAAAGUUUUGUAAAUUGCACUAUAUGUAACAAGCUUAUCCUAAUUUCAUGUACACUUGUGCUGUGAUCAAUAUUGUUAGGUAUAACCUGAUCUGUUUUAAAUAAUAAAAUCUACUCAGAGUUUGAAGUUUUUUUCACUAACAAGUAACAUUUUAAUUUUCAAACCUAAUGAAAAAAUUCUUAUUUGACAGGCAAAGGUAAUGGAAGAAAGGGUAGCUACAGUUCCUGGAUUUAAAAUGAUACUUUGUGAUUUGAAAUCGUCCUCCUUGUAAAUAUAUUUUCUUAAUUUAAUGUUAUUUUAUUGAUAUUGUAUACUUAUUUUAAUAAAAUUAGCUUUUAUAAUUUAACGCCUGGAUUCUCGGAAUAUAGAAAAUCUUGCCUACUAUUCACUUUAUGGAAUUAUUUAAAUCUACAGGCUCUCCAGAAAAUCUAAUUGGUUGUUCUUUCGUUGGACGUACAGCGCCAAAACAAUUCUAAAGUUUCCAUAUUGAUCAAAAAAGUGCUGCCGCUGGCAACAAGUCCAGUGGAGCAAAGAUGUCGGAUUUGAAUCACAAACAAAACAUAUUCACUGAUUUGAAUGCUUGUUUCUAUUUAUGGAUUUGAUCAAGUCCUCACCAUUAGAGAUGAUCGAUAUAUCGGUACCGGCGACCUUUCCCGGUGACUUGAAUGGUCGCCGUUAGUCCCGGCGACCUGAUUCUCCAUGAAGCAGCGACCCAGAUCGCUGUUUGGAAGUAUCGGUAUCGGUAACCACUGAUCGGUAGCUGUAACGCUGUUUCGGUCGCGGUCGCCGCCAGGAAGCAUAUACACAUCGUGUUCGCGAUCAUCGCGCGGGAAGUACAAGGUCGCUACAGCGUAGCCUAACCUAUUUUGUUAGUUUUUAUUUUUAUUGUUGUGAGUUCUUGUUUCAUAGAAAAAUGUUUCGUUUAUUAAGCAAUGUUUAACAUAUAAAAGAAGCAUUUUUAUACUACAUUUGUUAUGUUUUAAAAGUUUUAUUUUGACUGGU